CUGGCAAUUUAAAUGGCCAGGAGCGGACCAACCUCACCUCAGAGCCGCGCCGCCGUCUGCUCCCGUCAGACGUGAGCGGACCCCUCCCCCCUUUUCUCUAUUCAAAAUUAAUCAUACGAAAUUGCAAUGUUUUAGUGACUUCCAAAUUUAAAUUCACCCUGUGCAGUUCGAGUGGCGGUUUCCGCGAUGACUUUAAACUGUUCCGUGCCGUGAUUGUGACCAGUGUGUGAGAGCUUCAGGCGGCAUGUGGCGGUCAGCGCCACUAGUGACGUGGCUUAUAGCCUUGUCACUAGUGAUGCUAGUCAUGGCGCAUGCCACGAGUGACCCCAUCACGAGUCUGGCGCCGCCGCCGGUCACCAUACCCAUCCGCCUGACUACCGUGGCGACCCGGACACGCACUCGCGGCCGCAACCGCCGCAAGACCACCACUACGACUACGGAACUGUACGAUGAUGACGAGCCGCUGACUACUGUCUCGACCACCACUACGCAGGAUCCGAGGACUUUCGAUCAUACGGAUGUGGGCACCUGCGAGGUUCCUCUCGGCAUGGAGAGCGGGCAGAUCUCCAACGAGUCUCUGUCAGCCAGCUCCAGCUAUGACCAGAGCGUCUCGCCGCUCAGCUCCAGGAUUCGUACGGAGAUCCGCGGCGGCGCGUGGUGCCCCAACGGACUCAUCACGCCUCAGAGCCGCCAGUACCUGGAGGUAGACCUACACGACGAGUACCUCAUCACCGCAACUGAAACCCAGGGCCGUUUCGCCAACUCUGUUGGAGUAGAAUUUGUGGAGAGCUACUCCAUAGAGUAUUGGCGAAACUCACUCAUGCGCUGGGUUAAAUACAAGGACUUCAACGGAAGCAGGGUUACACUGUUACCCGGAAACGUGAACACAUACAUGCCAAGAAAAGUGAUUUUGGAGGCGCCAUUCAUCGCGUCAAAAAUCCGUUUCUACCCGCACGCCGCACACCCCCGCACCGCCUGCAUGAGGGUCGAGAUCUACGGCUGCCGCUGGAAGCAGGCUUUGAAGGCGUAUUCCGCGCCUAAAGGAGGAAACAUGCAGGCCAUGGCUGGAGGCGCCCGCUUCGAGGAUCUGUCGUAUGACGGACUGAUGCGGGACAACAUGAUGCAAGACGGACUCGGUCAGAUUACCGACUCCCUUACCGGACCUAAUGACUUUGAACUCCUGGACACUUCUGACACCCGCGGCACCCGCUGGGUUGGCUGGAACAAGACAAUGCUUCAAAAAGACGAAGUGGAGUUGACCUUCAACUUCACUGGACCCCGGCUCUUCCAACACAUCGACCUGCACACCAACAACAUGUUCACCAAGGACGUACAGCUAUUCAAAGAAGCGGAAGUCUACUUCUCGCUCGAAGGCGAGCGCUGGCAAGAGGACUGCGUCUCCUAUGAACCAAAACAAGACCGUGUCUCUGAACAUGCUCGUACCAUCCGCAUCGGCCUCGACAACCGCACCGCGACCCACCUGCUGGUGAAGCUGCAGUUUCAGCACCAGUGGAUCCUCAUCAGCGAAGUCACCUUCAAGACUCUGCCAACAACCGUGAACCGCUCCGCCGAGUUCCUGGAAGAAUACUACCGUACUGAAAACUCUCCAUCAUCGAAGAAGAAGCGCAACACCGUGACCUCUUUCAAGGUCUCCGUGGGUCUGGCCUGCGGAGCCCUGGUGGGGGGAGGGGCCUUCAUCGCCGCCACAGCCGUGUUUUUGGCACGCAGGUACGGGGCAGUGGCACGUCGCCGAAUUCCCAACUUGCUGAAGAAACCGUUCUGCCCAUCUCUGCGUCAGGGGCAUGCCAGGAACAACCGCCGGGCGCCCCGACUCGCGCUCGCCUUGGCCACUUGCCCGCCGAUACACAUGCUUAGACCUGCCGUGGUGGAUGAGGACUACCGUGAACCCUACAACAUCUGGCGAGAGACCCUGGGACGCCGGCAGAAGAGAGACAUCAACAUGGCACACGAACAAAACGAAUACAACGAAAUCUGCGAGGAGCCUGAUUUUCCGAGACCCUACAUGAUGAAACGGCCUGACCCUGGCGAGAGUUUCUACGCAGCCACGGACAUUAUCCAUCAUACGUACCCUGACGAACGCCUGUACCGCCGAGAGCGCCCUGUCCCGGGGCUCUUCACCUCCAUCAAACUACCCGAGGCGGAGCCCCCAAACGGAGUGGCGCCCCUGCUCGACUUCCCGCGGGGGCGCAUGAGACCGAUAUCAUGCCUUGGCGAGGGCCCAUAUGGAACACUGCAGAUCUGCGAGACGGACGGUAUCGAGGAGCUGAGCGACGAAGAGAGCCCGUCUGGCGACCGCCGCAAGCUUGUUGUUGUCAAGACGCUGUGGAGAGGCUGCCAUAACGACGUCAAAGCGGCGUUUGCCCGCGAAGCCACCUGGGGCGCUGGCCUGAAGCACCCGCAACUUGCGCGCGUGCUGGGCCUCAGCCUGCAAGAGCCUCCGUGUGCUGCCCUGGACCGGGGCGACGCCGCACCCCUGCCUACUGUACUCAAGCUGAACCGGAAAUUGAACUACGGCAGUUCGUUGCACAUAUGCUGCCAGAUAGCAGCCGGCAUGAAGUAUCUGGAAUCGUUCGAAUUAGUGCACCGCGAUCUAGCAGCGAGGAAUAUGAUAGUCAGUGAGGACCUCACUGUGAAGAUUGCUGACUACGCGAUGUUUUGUGGAGAGUUCGUGGGAGACUACCACGUGAUGGCCGACGGUUCGCGACUACCACUGCGCUGGAUGGCUUGGGAGAGCCUGCUUCUGGGAAUGUACGCUCCAUCUUCAGACGUUUGGUCGUUCGGAGUCACCGUGUGGGAGGUGCUCACUCACUGCACCGCCAAGCCGUUUGAGGAGAUGAGCGACGAUCAGGUGGUGGAGAACGCAGCCGAAUGGCGCAGCGGAGGCCGCGCCGCCCGCGUCCCCGCCGCCCCGCCGCCGCGCUGCCGCCGCGAGCUGUACGACCUGAUGCACGAGUGCUGGCGUCGCGAGCCCAUGCAGCGCCCGCGCUUCAACGACCUACACCGCUUCCUCGAACGCAUGACCCAAGGAUACAAACCACCCGCCUAGACUAACUACCACGGUAUCGGAUAAAGGUCUGGUCUGGAAAUUUGAAGGGUUAGAGCGGCUUGCACCAAAAAGUUAAAAUUAAACCUACGAUCUCUUGCUCUGGCAUACUGUCGAAGUAAGGCAGCAAUUGACCUGAUUGCGUGUAAAUGUUUGGUGCAAGCCACCUUUAAAUUCGAAUUUCCAGGUUGGAUUCUUUUUAGGACACAGCUGGCGAAGUCUCUUGGUUACAUGAUACAGGUUAUUUUCUAUAAUGUCUGGUUUUUAGACAGGUUUUAAUUAAUAUGUAAGAAGCGAAGUUUAAACUCCAUAGCCCGGUUUCAUUUCAGGAAUAUUUUUACAAGCACAUAAAUAUUGCGACCAUUUUUAUUGUAUAAUGAUUCACUCAACAUAUUUUCAUUUAGCGAUACUUCGUCAGCGUAAUUUAAUUGACUGAACAAUAAAUAAUAAUUAAUCAACUUAGACUAAAAAAUCACGGAUGAUUCUAACUAACCUGCACAGACUGUAUUUUAGGCAUGAUAGAUAGAAAAAUUAUCGGACAGUAUUUGCGAUCAGUAUUAAAUGGAAAAACAGAAUAUUAAAAUAACCAUACGUUUGAUGAUAGACUUUACCUGCUCUCACUCCACAGAGGCAGGAGCAAAGUACUCAAAUGUUUAAAAAUUACUUAUUAUAUGUAACUUUUAAGGACUUGGCCUGUCACUUCACUACUACAUUUAUAUGAAAGUGGCAACAAUACAGGCCCCACUUUAUAGCUAAGCAACUAAAAGUAUCGAUCAAACCGAAAUUUUAUCGGAUAUUGAUAUUUUUACAGAACCAAAUCGAUUUUUGGACCGCUCAAACUUUCGUACGAGAUAAUUGUUUGAAUUUUAGGUAGGAAUAGAAUACAAUAUUGGGAUGUGGCUGUUGCGGAUCCAAAAUCAAUUUUGGUGAUAUCGUGUCGAUAGUUCUAUCAAGCUCCUACCAUCUUCGGGAAUUCCCGCGUUGGUACGUCUGAGGAAUAUAUCGGUACAAUUAGUUAGUAAGUAGAUAGAUCCACACGCCUAUCCAGCGCCCUUCGCCUAGCGCUCCCACGAUCUUCCACUAUUUCACAAGCCCCACGGCAAAUCCCCUCUAGGCUGCUAUUUAGAGUAUAUCGAUAACUAAAUUUACAAAAUUGUUAACUCGUUUUCGUAGACGGUAACCAAUCAGAAGCAAGGCCCACCACAUCACUCGGUUCUAUGUAGUUUAAAACUGUUUGAAUUAUCGCAUACUUUAAGCAGGCGCCUAGUCUCUAGUAUAUCCAAAGUCUAACUCCUAUUUUUUUAACCUGUUUUAAGAGUUAAGGUAUAUAUAUCGGGUGGUUAAUAUAGCCCGAAGGGUGUAAGCGCCCUUAUGCUAUUUGUUUUCUUCAACCUGGCAUGUCCGGGUGCUGCAGCCGAAAAUGACACUCAAGUGUUUGUUUAUGACAGUGAAAAUCAUUGAAAUUCGCAUCAUCGGGCCAAUUUAGGAAUGUAAUAGUGAGUUUUAGUGUCAUUUAAGGCGCAGCACCCAGUUUUAUUCUCAGAGGUUGCUGAUGUGAGGUUGAUCAUACCGAAUUUAAUUCUAUUCUAUCAGUAGAUAUACCUGUGGUCGCACAGUAUAGUUAAGGCUCAGUUCAUGUAUUUGAUGUGACACGUAUACUAUAUUUAAGACCCAGUGCAACUCUGCACCUUGUUUCAUCGACUGCGAUUGGCAUUCAUUGGAUUGGCUUUAUUUGUCAGCUGUUAAUAGCACAGGAAAGAACCAAAAUUUGAUUUUAAUCGUUUGAAAUGAAAAGGGAUCUCAGUUGUGUCCUUAGAGAUUAGAGAGCAGCACAUUAUGACCUAUAUGAUAUCAUAGUGUUGGAUUCAGUAUGGGAUUCCUUUUUGUGUAAUAGCGAUGAAGCGAGGGGGGUUCCUUGUAACACUAGUAGGAGUAAUUAUUAAAUGUCUCCCUCAUUGAUGUUCCCCCAACUAGCGGCGUGACAGAAGUAGGAAUCAAUCCAAAAUAUUGUUUAUCUAUUUAAUACUCUUGA